AUGAAUAAGUUAAUCAUUGGAAUAAUAGUCGGAGUGUCUAUCAUUUCUACACUCUGUGUUGUUGUCAUUGUCGCCGUUACUCUUGGUGUUGUUCUCUCUAAAGAUGAUUCUUCUGGUGACGUACCUAUUAAUUUCAAAUCAGUUGUCAACAAUCCUUACAUGGUCAAUGAAUUAGACACCUUUGAAAUUAUUUCUCGCACCAAAUUUAGUGGUGAGAAGCCAAAGAUUAUGAAGAUGAAAUAUACAAAGUACCCAUAUUGGGCAACAACAGAAAAAUUUACAACUGACGAAAAAACUGCGAUCAUUGAAGAAAACACCCGAAUAUGGGCAGAUUUGCCAACAAUGAUAAACAAUGGUAGUUACGGACGUAUGAGUCCUGAAUUGGGUGGAGAAAAGCAAUUCGAAGCCACUGGUGUGAACUGGGAAGCGGACAGAGUAACUAUUAAAUAUGGAAUAAUGGGCAAGUUGACUGGAAUGCGUCUUGUUGGUUGGGUAUUUCCAGGUGAGUUGUUUACUGUGACUGUUCCUCAAGAUCUCAACAUUGGUGAAAAAAAUCUUCAACUUUGUGUUGGUAAAUGUAGCUCAUCAGCUGGAAAUCAUUGGCUUAACGUUGCAAAAUUUUCCAACAACCGAAUGCCAUUAGACUCUUACCAAUUCCCACUCAAAGAAUCUUUACUUGACAAAAAUCGGCAAUACAAAUUGGGAUCUCCUUUUGGUGGUGGAGUUUAUGUGUGGACUAAUGACAACGUGAAAAAUUGGAAUCCAUUCUUUUUGACUUUCAGCAACUUAGGACUUGCUCCCCGAAUCAAUUAUGGUGAAACAACAAACAAACAGUGGAAUGAAGAGUUGAGAAAUGCUCCAGGAAAUGUUGCUGAAAUAAGAGCACCUGGAGUUAGACUAAUCAUGACUGCACGAAACGUCAGAGAAGUUGAAGAUGCCGAAUUUGUAGGAACUUGGUGGCAUGAAGCAAUUUCUGUUGGAAACACUUUUACAUUUUAUCCAUUGCCAAUUUCUAUGAUGUUUGACGAAAGAGUUGAUGCGGGUGCUGCUGUCGCUUUUGUUGGUGCGUGGUUUUGUCAAAUACCAAAUUCAUGGGCUGCUUCCACUGUUAAUAAACAAGCUAUGAUUACUCAACUCAAUUGGGGAACUUUGCAUGAAAUGAAUCACCACAUGGAAGGAACAUACGCAAGAGAUGGUAAAUGGGGAAUGGGUGCUUCUGAGACGAACAACAAUGUAAUAAACGCUCUUUUCCAUAUUGAUUACAACAAUAUUGCUGCAAAAAGAAAUAAGGGACUUACUGAUUGGGAGUAUAUCACUGACGGGUAUUCGACAAUGAAAACCGUUUUCGAUAAUUCACAAAACUCAAUUUAUUUGAGAACAUAUGUGACUCCAGCAUUCGGUUUUGGAACUAUUGCAGUGAGUAAUUUAAUCAACAAUUAUUAUAACAUGUAUUACAAUGAAAAGUAUGACACAACAUUUGGAAAGUCCAGAACAGACUCCGGAAUUUUCUGUCUUUUGUUAGCAAGAGCAAUUGAACGGGAUACACAAUAUUACUGCAAUAUUUUCAAGUGGGCAAUUGACACUAAAAUACUUGCAGAGAUCAAGAAGUACAAAUACCCAACUUUCUUCCCAUUUUUCAUGAGUUACUCACAUACAUACAACGGCAAUAAAUAUGGUAGAACUUAUACAUUGCCGUAUAAUAUUACAACAAGACUCAACUUUACAGCUUCUACUGCAAUGGAUAAGGCAACAAAGAACAUUAAGUUUGAAAUAGUCGAAGGACUUACAAAAGGAAACUUAAAAAAAAUUGAAGAGAAUGUUUAUGACUAUACCCCAACAUACAAACCAAGUGACGGUGAUACUUUUAAAAUUAAGUUCACCUUUAAUGCCAACGGAGAGAACGGAGAAAUUAUAUACGAAGGAGAGUUCGUCACUGAAAAUAAAGCGCGACGUGGAUAUGGCUAUAAAGUCGUAUCUGAAACAAAACUGAACAAUAUGUCGGAUGUCGAGGCAAUAAUGAAAGGACGCGACAUGUCAAACUAUGAUUACACAAGAAACUCCAAUGCAAUGCAAAUCAAUAAUUACAAUGACAAAGUCGAUAAUGUUGAUACACCAACUUUUAACACAGUUGAAGGAACUUUUAUUGUUCCAGACGAAGGCUAUUACACACUUUUCGCUAAAACAGACGAAAUGGGUAGUUUGGAUAUGCAAAUGGAAGAUGGCAAAUACACUCGUUUUGCAACAGUAAAUAAGUACAUUUCAGGUUACCAAAAGAAUUUGGAAGGUUCAUACAAAACAGCACUGUUGAAAGCCAAUUACCCAUAUAAUUACAUCUUGCAGAAUUAUAAUGCAGGAGGACAAGGUGGUAUAACUAUUGGGUACUGUUACCAUGGCACUAAAGAAUCCGAAGUCAACAUCUCAUCUUGUAGUAUAAAAGAUGUGCCAGCAACGUAUGUGUACGCCAAAGGGUUGGGACCACAAGAUGUCCAAAAAGAGUAUGUCUACCCACCUAUCAAAUACAGCCGUCAAAUUCGUUAUUUGAACUACAAAAUGGUAACCUCCCCACAAUGCAUCAAAGAUGAUUGCAGUGUCGAAUGUUUUCAAUUGCCACCGCCUGGUAGUUCCAGUGAUGUUUGUAACAACAUCUUUGAUCGCAGUGAUUCGACUUACUACCACUCAGCUUGGACUGGAAGUGGGACAACCUUCCCAACAACAUUUUUCUUCCAUUUCAACAAGACUGUUUACUUCAAUUCAAUGGAACUUCGUAUGAGACGUUGGCAAGACACCUUUGGCAACUUCACCAUUUACUGUGGUAAAGUUGAAGAACAACUCGAUAAGAUAAUGACAGUCGAAAAGAGUAACAGUAAUCCACGUACAUUAACAUUCACAGAAAUUCAGAGGUGUAAUUACAUCAAAUUUGAAGUGCUCAACAACGCAAAUGGUUAUAAUUAUGUCAACCUCGGCGAUUUGUUAUUAUACAUUGAACAAAAGUACACCAAUUUAUUUAAACCAACACACCCUGAUGUUAGAUCAACAGGAUUUGUUGCUCGUAAUGCACCUGGUCAUUAUGAAAAUGUACUUUUUGAAAACACAGAAGAUGGAAAAGGUCAAAUAACAUUCCAAAUGGUUGGUAAGCGAUUUGGUCUCUUUGGGGACUACGAUAGCUCAUUCGGAAAACUCGAAGUGUUGGUAGAUGGAAAAGAUCCUGUUUUUUAUAAACAAAUUGACACCAAAUCAUCUAUACUAAGAACACUUUACCUUGCUUGCAGUUUUGAAGAAGGAACUCACAUAGUCACAAUCAAUGUGAAAGAAGGAAGAGUCAAUCUUGAUGUGAUUGGAUUCGACUAA